CUCAGAUCGUUGUCCGAGUGUUCUUAGAUGUGUAUAAAACGGUGUUCCCCUCGCUCAUCUCAUCUCAUCUCAACAGCGAUUCUCUGUGCAUCAGCUAAUUGGAAAUCCCGUAACAACAGAUCGUCUUAAUCAGGUGAUCUGAGAAUCAGCUUCAAUACACUUUGAGACUGUGACUGGAGUCUAGCUCAGGGACUUUAAUUCUACCAUUACACCAGUAUCUCUUAAACUUCCUGGAGGACGAAUGGCGAGGACAUUGGAGAGAAGCAAGAGCGUGGUGCAAUUGCAGGACGUGAGAAGUGUGUACAGUCAGACACACCAACAACAGCCGGAUAAAAUAGUCUGCGUGACAUUGGCUCCACGCCCCAAGAGUAGAGUCACGUGGCAGCCGACUGUUGUGGACAACGAGUUCCUCGGAAAGAAAUGCUACGAGAAAGAGUUCUUCUUCAACCAGGACAUUUGGGGAUAAAUUCGCAGACGAAAUUUCCCCGUAGCAACAUUCUUGCAGCACCUCCAGCAGUCGCGACUAAGCGCUUCAAAUGUCUGCUGGGCAUCAAAUGACAUCCACUCGACCUGACCUUGCCGUGGCCUGUGGCGGAGAUCAGGAUGCAUGCCUUGCUGGUCAUUCGAGCUGUCUGUCUUCCAGACUCCAGGUCGUUAGCUGCGAUCACCAAUUUUUGUCAGAAACGGAGCUUUAUUUCGAUUUCGGUGAGUCGGAAUUCUACGAUAUCUAAGUAGAUGAAGUAGGAACGGGAAUAGGAAAUAGCGUUGGGCCAUCAGCCAGAAAGGUUGCAAUUAUUCAACCACUUCGUCAAAAGCAGAAUUGCUAGAAAUGGGUCUAGUGGAUAACAACGUUCCAUUUGGGAACCGGAUCCUCAUGUCAGUAUUUUAGUUCAAAGUAGGUGCCUUGUCAAUUGUGUAUAAAUGUGAUCCUCGAGCACUUCGUCUUUGGACGUGUAAUAUAUGAGAGAAUUAGAUGAUUUCCUGAAAUCAUAUUUGUGAUGCUGCUCAAUACAACC